CUGCAUGAUUUUGUAUGGCUCAAAUUGCACCGCACAGAAAUUGCAUAUGGUUUGCACAGGAAUGGAAUUACCAUUGUUACUAAACCCAGGACCCUGCAUUCACUAUAUCUGGUCUCCCCGGACCCUGCAUUCACUAUAUCCGGUCUCCCCGGACCCUGCAUUCACUAUAUCCGGUCUCCCAGGCCCCUGCAUUACUAUAUCCGGUCUCCCAGGCCCCUGCAUUCACUAUAUCCGGUCUCCCAGGCCCCUG